CUACGGGGUCGUUAUGGCAACUGCACGGGCAAAGGGAAGGACCCGCCCUGUCCCCGGGGCUGCGGAGGCAGAGGCACCCAGCAGUAGGUGUGAGCUGAUCUUGCCUGGCUCCUGCAGUAGCCUGGCUCUCUGGUGUCUGAUGAUGAGUGUGACCCCGACCAGGGGAUGCCUCCUGGACCUGCCCUGGGAAGACAUCUUGGUUCCACAUAUCCUCUGUCAUCUGCCACUGCAGCAACUCCUGAGCCUGCAGAGGGUCAGCAAGUCAUUCCAGUCUCUCAUCCAACUGUACCUGGCCAACAUGCGCUGCUUUGACUCAAGCCAGAUUGGACCUGCCAUCCCUCGAGCCGCUUUUGUUAACCUGUUGAAGGACAACGAAGUUCUGCAGCAGCUGGCACUCCAGAACUGCUCUGACUGGCUGACGGACCGGGAGCUGCUCCCUGUCAUUGGGCAGAACCACCACCUGCACCAGAUCCAGCUGAAGGGCUGCGCCCAGCUCAGCCGCCACGCGCUCGUGGCCAUCUCGCUGAGCUGCCCCAACCUGCGCCAGCUCUCCCUGGCUCACUGUGAGUGGGUGGACAGCCUGUCCCUGCGCAGCCUGGCUGACCACUGCAAGGCGCUGGAGGCUGUGGACCUGACGGCCUGUCGCCAGCUGAAGGACGAGGCCAUCUGCUACCUGGUGCAGAAGUGCAGCAGGCUCAAGUCUCUGUCACUGGCUGUCAAUGCCAACGUGGGCGACGUGGCAGUCGAGGAGACUGCCAAGUGCUGCCCAGAGCUGGAGCAUUUGGACCUCACGGGGUGUCUGCGAGUCAAGAAUGACUCCAUCAGGGUCUUGGCUGAGUACUGUCCCAAGUUGCGCUCGCUGAAGGUCAAGCAUUGCCACAACGUGGCCGAGUCCAGCUUGGGCAUCCUCCGAAGCCGUGGGGUGGAGCUGGAUGUGGAGCCUCCGCUGCAGAGGGCUCUCGUUCUGCUGCAGGAUGUGGUUGGCUUCGCCCCUUUCAUCAACCUUCAGAUCUAGAACUGCUGCUGCUGGGGAGGGGGGGACUGACACAAUGCUGGGAUCCCAGAAGGACGUGGGAACUGGCUGCUGUGGAGAUGUGCAGAGGGAGAGGUCAGUCCCAUCGGUGAGGCUGGCCUGAGUGGGGCUCAUUCUUUCCUCUGGGGCUGUUUAGCAGCCACUGAGUGUUCAUAAGUGGACUUCAUUGGUGCCUCUGGGGAAAGUCACUCCCUCUGCAGUGGCGUGGAAAGAGCGAGUGAUUUGCAGGAACACCAUGGUGCUGAAUAGGCCUUGGUCAGGCCAGCUAAUAGAUAGGAUUUAUUAUUUGUUGUAUUUUAAAUCUUUAAGCAGAGCUGUCCAGAAAGCAGGGGAGUGUUUGAUGGGGACUGUCCCCUGGGGUGGGUGUGCAGGGCAUGCCAGCAGAGCUGUGGAACAAACCAGACCAGCUGGAGCAGAAGGAAUAGCUACCAGCCCUCCUCUUGGGAGAGGGCAGGCCCCUCUGGGUUCUGGGAGGAGGGCAGUGAGCCUAGCUCCAGCCCAUAGCCACUGGCUAGCCUGGCACCAAAGGACUAGCAUGGCCCCAGUGCAG